AUGCAUUACUUUCCAAUACUAUUUCCCUUUCAAAGUCGAUGUCAUUUUCGUGUUUCAACUUAAAAAAACAUUGCGUUAUCAGUUUUGACGAUAUUCAUGAUCUCUGCUUUCUGUAGAAAUAGGUCGUGUUUUGAAAAGACCUGAAGAUGCGUUUGAUUGUUUUAACCGCAUUUAUACUGAUGGUCCAUAAAUGUGYCUCGCAAGAUGUCCUUUCCAAGGAGAGCAGCUUUUUCGUUGGCGAUCCUCGGAAUUGCAAACUAGCCCAGUCUGCUAACAGAAUGGAAGUCCUUCCUGGAGUAGGAUGGGAUAACCUCGAGAAUCUUGAMAAAAGCCAAGUGUUAGCAACGAAUUAUUCAAAGUGUCAAACCACUGCUGAUGGAAAAUACUUAMUACCCGACCACGUCUUUGUUCUUCCGGUCAAACGGAGUAAAGUUGAACUGUUUUCUGAAAUGUUUGACCACUGGAGGGAUUAUAAGAGCUCAACAGCAAAGUCAAUCAACAUUGSAGCACAGUUCUAUUCCGUCGUAAGUGGCUCGUUUUCGGCAGAGUACCAAUACAACAAAGAACGACAAGUAAACGACAAWUCGUUCACUACUCGAGUGUCCGUGAAACAUCUUCUGUACACCGUCAAGUCCAACCCYGAUGCACCUUUAAGCAGACCUUUUCGGAAUCGUUUGAUGGAAAUUGCAUCAAAUAUCCAAAACAACAAAACCGACCUCGCAUGGUAUCAUGCGCAGCUCUUGAUACGGGACUUUGGAACCCACUACACCACAAGCGUGGACGCUGGGGCUGCACUUAUAAAAGAGGACCAUAUCAAGAGCAGUUUUCAAAAGGAUAUGACMAAGUCUUCCACUGAUAUCACAGCGGCAGCCAGCCUUUCMUUCCACGAGAAGAUUGGACUUMAAAUAGACGCGAAAUAYAAAACAAGCCAGAGUUAUCUCAACCAGUACAUAGGCAAUCAGACAACGUCUCAGAUWUUAACGGUCGGUGGACCAGCGUUUGGUGCCAACUUUACCAUAAAUGAAUGGGAGAGGGGMAUUAAUAAUGAACUUGUUCCUGUCAAUCGUGAUGGUGACCUKCUUCACUAUACCAUCAACACUGCAACUCUUCCUGGUCUUCCUGUGCCAACUAUUAGUCAYGUGGCUCGGCUAGUAGAGCAAGCCAUUUCUCUUUACUACAAGGUUAAUACUCUGCCUGGAUGUACUGACAGCUCAUCGUCAAACUUUUACUUCCAGGCAAACAUUGAUGACGGUAGCUGUCGACAUCCAUCGAUUAAUUAUACCUUUGGUGGUGUUUUCCAGAAGUGCGACUCUUUAUCAACUGGAGCCGGCGACUUGUGUGAAAAGCUGCGCCAGAGAAAUCCACUUACAGGUGGCUUCAGUUGCCCUAAAGGGUACGAACAAGUAUUGCUGAUCAGACCCGGGGGGCGCAAACCAAUCAUAUCGAAGUCAUUCCACAAGACCAAGUGCACACAAUCAUGCCACAAAUGUGGAUUCCUUUGGAUGAAGACGUGUUGCAAAAACUUUUGUGAAAAUGUCUUGCACUACAGCCAGGCAAAGUACGAUACGUUCUGGUGCGCGGCUAGAGGCAACAUGCACCCUAGCACGGGUUACCUCUUUGGAGGAGUCUACUCGACGAACACUCCUAAUCCUCGUACGGGAUCUCAAAAUUGCCCCAACCGAUUCUACCCAAGGGCACUUGGRGGCCACGCCUAUGUYUGCGUCAGCGACGAUUUUGAGCUUGGCUAUCAAUACUCCUUGAAAUUUGCAGGGUUUUUCAGUUGUAGCGCGGGAAAUCCGCUAGGGAUACCCAUUAGAAAUGACUCAUUAUCAUUGACAGAGCGUUCAAGUCAGCUUGAAUUGUUCUUGGCGGAAGGAGAUGGGGAAAAUGUUCGGACGUCUUUUUCYGGUCCUAAGCACUGUCCCCAUGGAUACAGUGAACACCUGGUUACCGUUGACAAYGAGUGUGAAAUCAACUACUGCAUCAAAGCCAAUUCGUUCAAAGAUCAAAAGCUUCACCCAGUGAAAAGAAUGCCGUUUUCUCCAGCACCAGGAACCAAUCCAAACACAACCGAUGCYAUCCUGAUCGUYGGRGUCAAUGGUCAAGUAUGGUACAAAAACUUGACGACAGGAGACUGGGAGAUGCGAGGUUUUCAAGCUGGAAAGUCYAACACUCCAAGUUCUGACCAACAUUCUCACUCUAAAGAAUCUAAUUCCAGAAGGUUGUCAAAUGGAGCUACUGCAGCAAUAAGCGUUACUGUCACGUCUCUGAUUUGUAUCAUCAUAGCGGYCGCGUUCUUUGGCUUUAAGAAGCGACAAAAGUCCAAGGCACAAAGAGGUCUUCUKGAUUCUUAUGUUAACUCGGAAAGAAAUCCUCUAAAUCCUUCCGAGGAAAACUAAUAAAGUUUCACACAAUGAAAAAGCACAAAACGUGCAGCAAUUUAAAAAAAUAUUUUCGCUGUAAUGUACACUGAUAAAAGGAUGCAUCUUUUUACAUUUUAUAAGCAAUAAGGGAUAAAUUGCCAUAGUUUGGGUAUAAAUCAUUUGGCUUUGCCCAAAUAAUUACAUUUUGGGACGUUUUGUUCAUUCCAGAGGCUCAAACGUAGAUACACUAAACACUAAUAGAGUGAAAGAUAGUGGAAAAAUAGUACUAAAUAGUGAUGAUUAGACAAUUCAGAAAGCAAAUAAAAAAACACUAUUAAAAUAAUUAGUUAUUUUUUUGGUAUUUUCACUCUUUAAUUGUAAAAUUUGUGUUGAUGAUACAAUAAAUAUUGACAUGAGUUA